AAAAACAAAAUAAAAAUAAAAAUAAAAAUAAAACGAAAAGAAACGAAAGAGAACGGAAAUCCGUUUGCGUAACCACUACCACCGAUUUCAUUCAUUCUUUCUUACAUACUAAUAAUUUGGCCACUCUCUCUCUUUCUCUCUCUUCCCACUCUCACACCACCUCCACACCUCUCCUAACCCAUUCUUUUUCUUUUCCCUUCCAUAUUAAUAUUCUUCAUCUACAUCUUUCAUCUUCCUUCUUCGGUUCCUGUUCUCAGAUCUUUCUUUACUCUAAAUAUUAAAAAAAAUUUUUUUUUUCCCCUUUUUUUCGUAUAGCAUUUUCAUUGGUUUGUAGGUGGUUUUUUUUUGUAUUUUUUAUUUUUUUUGAUGGAAGAUCCUAGAUGAUCCGUUUCUCUUUUUUCUUAUCUUACUGAGCUUUGUAUUUGUCGAGAGUUGGCAUGGGAUUGCAGGAUCUGGGUCGGUUCUCUUUCUUCUUAGAACUGAAUCAGAGAGGAUUUGGCUAUUUGAGGGGGAUUUCUUUUUGUUUAUUCACUGAAAUCCUUUAACAGCAAGACAUUUUGAGGUGGAUUAGUUUCUAUUUUAGAAAGAUGUUGGGAGGUAACAAUGGUAAUCCUGUGCUUCCUAUGUUCCUUGAAGAGAAUCGGUUCCCCUAUCCGACAAAUGCUUCAAAUCAGCUGCAGUUGUUUGGAAAUGUAUAUGAUGCAGUACCAGCUGGAUGCAAUGUCGAUCCGGUAAAUUACUUUGGGAAUGAGCAUAUUACUCCUAUCCUUCGGCCUAAUAAACGGAGUAGGGAAAUGGAAGACAUCUCAAGGCAGCAGAAGCUUCAGAUUUCCUUGAACUAUAAUGUCUGUCAAGAUGAAGCCGAUCGCUCAGCCAGCAUUCCAAACCCAAAUCCUGUAUCUACAGGUUUAAGGUUAUCAUAUGAUGAUGAUGAGCGCAACUCAUCUGUGACUUCAGCAAGUGGAAGCAUGACAGCAGCACCCUCAAUCAUCUAUUCCCUUGGUGAUAAUAUUAGGACAGAGCUUGAUCGGCAGAAAGAAGAGUUUGAUCAGUAUAUGAAAAUUCAGGAGGAACACUUGGCAAAGGGAGUCAGGGACAUGAAGCAGAGACAUAUUGCAUCUUUCCUCGCUGCUAUAGAGAAAGGUGUCAGCAAGAAACUACGUGAUAAAGACAUAGAACUAGAGAAUAUGAGCAGAAAGAACAGAGAACUAGUUGAGAGAAUAAAACAGAUGGCUAUGGAAGCCCAGAAUUGGCACUAUAGAGCAAAGUAUAAUGAGUCGGUUGUUAAUGUCCUCAAGACCAACCUCCAACAGGCAAUUUCACAGGGUGCUGAUCAAGGAAAGGAAGGCUUUGGGGACAGUGAAGUUGAUGACGCAGCCUCAUACAUCGAUCCUAAUAACUUGCUCAGCAUUCCAGGUGGAGCACUGAAAUCUUUUCCUAAGAAUUAUGCAGGCUCAAAGGAACACAAUAUGAACUGCAGAGCGUGCAAGAAAAGGGAGGUCUCCAUCUUGUUGAUGCCUUGUCGGCACCUGUGUUUAUGUAAGGAGUGUGAAGGAUUAACCAGUGUUUGCCCUGUAUGUCAGUUGAUGAAAACUGCUAGUGUCCAAGUGUAUCUGUCCUAAAUUAUGAAGAAAAAAUAACUUAAAAAAUGAAAAAAAAAAAUCAUUUGGUCUGUUAUUAUCAUUCACUUAAAAUUAAAAGAUUGUAAGCAGAGUGUAUAUACUGUUGUCUGUCUACAACAGAGUUUGUUUGUUUC